UUGGAAAAUUAUUGUUUCGUAAGUCGGAAUAACAAGUGCCUGAUUUGCGAUUGUUCAGAAGACAUUCGCUACGUGGAGAACUACACAAAAGAGGCAUGGGCAGAAGAAGCGACACGAGUCGUACAGCGAGAAAUUUUAAGUCACCAGUUGUUAGAUGUAUUGCGUGAACGACCUCUUGAGUGUGUUACUCCAAAUCCACCCCAGGUGAAAUUUCCUUCAUCUCCUGCCGAAUUAGGGACACAUAACGUUUCGAACGACACUGUGCUCCGCGUCGUGCUUUGGUGUCAAAAACUUAACUCGCACUUCUACGUCGAAAAUUUCGGUCAGCUAAUUACUUCUGAUGCUCUAGAAGUACACCUGAAACAUUUGGAUGGCACACCUAUACAUGUGACGAACUCCUUGCAACCUAUCAUCAUCACUGGAUCCCAUGCACUUAUGGAGACAUCUUUGCCACAGACGUUUGAAAGCUAUCAAAUACUCGACAUGUACAACUUCUUUACAACCGCUUGGAACGUUUCAAUCCUCCUUGAGAUGAGGUGCCACUUCCACUACCAAAACAAUCGUGAUUCUCAUGCCUUCUUUGCCUACCCGUGUCUUCCUGGCACUCUGGAAAGAGAUCACGGCUUCAGUUUCAAAUUAGAACAAUUAAAAGUCAACUACUUCUAUUUGCGCGGAAGUAAUCUUUUCAACAAAACUGAACGGUUCUAUGUCAGCAUCGGAGUACUGGAUAAUGGCGGAAAUAGCUGUGUCACUUACCCAAAACCAGCGGUUUCCGGAAAACUGGAGAACAGCGGAAGAUCACUGAUGCUUCGUUCAUGGUCCGUAUCCAUUUUCUUCUAG